AUGGGGGAUGUACCGCAGUUUAUAUUGUAUGAACAUGCUAUUGGUUAUGUUCUGUUUCGCGUGAAAGAAUUUGAAGAAAUCGGAAUGGCUAUUCCUCAGGUCGAAGAGUCCAUACAUGAUGCACAGAGAUUUUGUUCGUACAUUAAGCUCGAAGCUUUCGAACCUUUUAAGAAUACUGAGUCCGCUUUAGAAAAUUGUAGCAGUGUUUCAGAAGGUUUGCUUCAUUCGGAUUUGCUAAACUUUUUGGAAGCCAAUUUGCGGAAGAGGAAGAAGAAAACAGUUACACUUGGUAUCAAUGAUCCAAAAUUAAUUAGUGCUAUAAAUGAACAAAUCAGUAAUGUAAAAUGCCAGCUUUCGGGAGCUGUUCCUGAAUUGUUGCGUGGUAUUCGCAUACACUUUGGUUAUCUCGUGAAAGAGUUACCUCAUCAUUCGCUCUCCAAAGCGCAACUUGCUCUUGGGCAUGGUUAUUCAAGAAGAAAGGUCAAAUUCGAUAUCCAUCGAGUAGAUAACAUGGUUAUUCAGUCUAUUGCGCUCUUGGAUCAGCUUGAUAAAGAUAUAAACCUUUUUGGGAUGAGGAUUCGUGAAUGGUAUUCUUAUCAUUUUCCUGAGCUUUACAAAGUUAUUCCUGAUCAGUUGAGUUAUGUAGAAUGCGCUUCCAUUAUAAUGGAUCGCAAAAUUCCAAAACGAGUUUCGCUUUUAGAAAUCCUGAAUGAUGAUGAUAAAGUAUGUGAAGUAGUAGAAGCCGCUCGUACUUCGAUGGGUAUGGAUAUUUCUAGUCUUGAUUUGCUUAAUGUUGAGCGUUUUGCGAAACGUGUUAGAGAAUUAACGCAAUAUCGACAAGAUCUUCAUGAAUAUAUCAAACAACGAAUGCAUUCAUGCGCUCCAUCACUUUCAGCAUUAAUCGGAGAACAAGUUGGUGCUCGUCUGAUUUCACAUGCGGGUAGUUUAACCAAUUUAGCAAAAUAUCCAGCAUCGACAGUUCAGAUACUUGGAGCGGAAAAGGCACUUUUUCGAGCUUUGAAAACACGAUCAAAUACACCGAAAUAUGGACUCCUGUUCCAUUCUUCAUUUAUUGGUCGUGCAUCUACGAAAAAUAAAGGACGAAUAUCACGUUUUCUGGCGAAUAAAUGCACAGUUGCGUCUCGUAUUGACUGCUUUUCGGAAGUACCGGUAUCUACAUUUGGUGAACACCUAAAGCAACAGGUGGAAGAUCGUUUGACAUUUUUGGAAAAUGGUGUGAUUCCUAAGAAGAAUUUGGAUGUAAUGAAAGAAGCAAUAGAGGAGGCUAAUACAGUACAAAUAAAAAUCUUAAAGAAACGAAAAAAAGAAGCAAAAAGAGCAAGGAAAGCUGCAGAGCGAAGUGAAGAAUUUGAUGCUACUCAAAAGUCAGUGCUGGGUGCUGAUAAAAUGGAACUGAAAAAUGAAAUUGCCAGCAAAGUACGUUUGUAUGUUCCGGAAAUUAGAUACAUGGUUUAA